AGGUAACGUAACCAAAGGUAACUUUAAUGUCAAUUGGCACUGAUAGCAGAAUAGAAUCUUCCUCAAACCGCAAUCUUCCUCCCGUCAGUUCGUCUUCAGCUCCUGGUGGGGUGCACAUCAUAUUUCGUUAAUUGCAGGCGCCAAGCAGCAGGCUUAUUUGUGCGAAAAUGAAUUUUCUGUUGAUGCGGUCAAAUCAGGCUGUAUCUCCAGAACCAUCUCCCCCUCAGGAAGUUCAGGCAGAGAUCAGUUCUGUAUCAAAAUUGAGUACUGGCUUGGAGGGUCCAAUUGCAGAAGAUUCAUUUCAGCAGGCCACUUAUUCUGAAGACUGCGAUGUAGAUGAUUGUGAACAUGCUAGUGCAAUUGAAGAUGCUGGCUUAAGUGGAAAGGGAAACCACAUUGAGGUUUCUGAAGAUGAAGGAUGGAUAGCUAUUCCAAAGCAAGAGAUUCCUGAUAAUUGGAGUGAGGCACCUGAUAUAUCUUCUUUACGCUCACUGGACCGCUCAUUCGUUUUUCCUGGUGAACAGGUCAAUAUACUUGCAUGCUUGUCAGCGUGUAAGAAGGAUACAGAAAUCAUCACACCAUUCAAACUUGCUGCCCUUAUGAAUAAAAAUGGGGUUGGUCAAAACAUCAAGGAAGGAAAUGGACACACAGCUACAGUGAUUAAUAGUCCUGUCUCUAAUGGAAGAGAACUAAAUGAUGGUGAAUAUAUGAAUCAAAAUGGCAUCUCAGAGCAGGGAAAACAUGAUCCUAAAAGUGAAGUGUCUUCUGGUGAAUCUCUUUUGAGACUAGAGGAGCAUAAAAGACAGACAGAAUCCUUGCUACUAACAAUGAAAAAUUCUCACUUCUUUGCUCGAAUCGCUGAAUCAGAUGAAAAAUUAUGGACAAAAAGGAAAAACAAGGAAGACACAUCUGAGAUGGUUGGAGAAAAGUUGAAAAAAUUCUCUCCUAGCACCGCAAUUGAGAGGGGGGAUUUUGAUGCCAUCACGUCAGGGGGGGUGGCAAGAAAAGCUGCCAAGUGCUGUGCCCUUCCAAAUGGCGAUAUAGUGGAUGCAGGUAUGUUUACAGGUAAAUAUUGGUGUUGAUUUUUUCAGAGAUCCAAUACUGGAAAUUCUUCAGUUUGAGAAAACAAAGGAGAGACAUUUACCAUCUGCGAGUUGGGAAAAUCCAACAUACACAGGCCAAGAUCCUUGCCAUGAGCUUUUGAAGUGGGUGCUUCCUUUGGAUAAUAACAUUCUUCCUCCAGCCCAUCCUCCUUCCCCUCCUCAAUUAAGUUCUACCACUUCUAUUCGCACGUCAUCCUCAAGACUCACUUCAUCACCAGCAUCUGGUUCACAGCUUUUCUCUUUUGGGAACUUUAGAAGUUAUUCCAUGUCCUCGCUUCCACCAAAUAGUGUGCAGCCAUUAUCUGCCUCAAACCCCAAUUCCAUACCCAAUUUUGAUCCAGAAGAUUGGGGACAGUUUUCAUUUCAAAAGGCAAUGAAGAGCGAAAAUAGCGGAAAUGAAGGGCUUUUAUCUUUUCGAGGUGUAUCAUUGGAGCCGGAAAGAUUUUCGGCUCAUUGUGGUCUGGAAGGUAUUUUUAUGCCAGGAAGGAAAUGGAGUAGGAAAGUGGAAAUCAUUCAACCACUAGAAGUCAAGACUUAUUCUGCUAAUUGCAAUACAGACGAUCUGAUUUGUGUUCAAAUAAAGAAUAUUGUUCCAGAGCAUACACCAGAUGUUGUUUUAUACUUAGAUGCCAUAGCAAUUGUUUUUGAAGAAGCAUCACAAAGUGGGCCUCCUUUAUCAUUACCCAUUGCAUGCAUUGAGGCUGGGAAUGAUCAUUGUUUACCAAAUUUGACCCUCAGGCGGGGUGAGGAACACUCUUUUAUUCUCAAACCAGCAUCUAGCUAUUGGAAAAACUCCGAGGGACACAGUGAGAAAAGUUCAUGCUUAUCACAUAUGAAAACCAAAAAAAUAACAUCAUCACAUAACUCCUCAAAUAUAAUAGGAAAAAGUACUGCUUCAACAACUGAUAAGUAUGCUAUCCUCGUAUCAUGUGGAUGCAAUUAUACAGAGUCGAAGUUGUUCUUCAAACAGCCCACAAGCUGGCGACCACGCAUCUCCAGGGAUUUGAUGAUAUCUGUUGCAUCAGAAAUGUCAAAACAAACUCUUGUUUCUGAUGAAUGUGGGGCUCAGCUUCCAGUACAGGUCCUAACUCUCCAAGCCUCAAAUUUGACUUCUGAGGAUUUGACUAUGACAGUGAUGGCCCCAGCCUCGUUUACUUCACCACCUUCUGUGUUGUCAUUGAGUUCUUCACCAACAUCACCACUGAGCUCCUUUCUUGGCUCUUCUGACUUCACAGAAAGACUGAACAAUGAGAAGGCAGCUUCCCUACCUGAUGUCCUUCCAAGUAAUGAUCUGGGCUGCACACAUCUAUGGUUGCAGAGUAAGGUUCCCUUAGGAUGUGUGCCUUCUCAAUCCACCGCCACAGUCAAACUUGAAGUGCUUCCCUUGACAGAUGGCAUCAUCACACUUGAUUCCUUCCAGAUUGGUGUAAAGGAGAAAGGUCUCACCUAUAUACCUGAGCAGUCUUUGAAGAUAUAUGCAACUUCAAGCAUUUCCACUGCUAUGAGGUGAUUUUUCCACGUUGACUACUAGUUAUUUGAUCAAUAGAUAGAAGUUUAUAUGUUAUUAUAGACCACCCCAUGACAUUGGUGUAAUGUAAUAUUUAGUUGUAUUUUUAUUUGAUGAUUUAAAUUCCAACUGAUAUUAGGCUACGGCUUUGUGGUCUUCAGAAUAUAAUUAGUACCUUUGAUAACUCAAUGCUCCCCUUGCAUUGAUACAAAUAGUCAUUCAAGACUAUCCCUUAUUGAAGCUUGGAUAUAUUCAAAUUAUGGAUUUUGUUGGGUUACUCAACUCGGUGACCCUAGAGCCCA